UCGUGGUCUCCACACUCAUUCUUGGAAGAACCUUCGUUUCGUUCCAGCCUUUCCUCAAGCCUAACCUUCUUCCCCAACACCCCUCGCUAUCCUUUCCACUUUAAAGUGUCGAACCGGAAACUGGUUGGCAUGUCUCAGUAGUGGCCAGCUAUGGCUGCCUCAUUUUCCAUGCUUUUGGUGCAUCAGACAACUCGAUCAACACCUCCCUCCUGCCCCCUACUUUGACCUCCGCCUCUUUUCAACCAUGAGUUCACCGCAGAGCUCCAUGGUCAUCAGGGAGUCUGAGCUCUCACAGCAGCACAUGCACACGUGAUGGAACUACAGGCAUCGAAGCUUUGAGUGAAUCAAAGAUGAGAGGAAGAGAGAAAGGUAGGGGACCAACCUGGGCCUUGCAUCAUAAUGCUCAGUGGGAAGGGUAGAAUCAUUGGCUGCACAUCCACCAUGCUCCUGCAGAGCGAGGACACCAAUAAUGUGCGCUUCGGCCACGGCACGUGAGAGGCUCCUUCAUGUGUCCUCCCCACAAUACAUGCAUCCGGAAUCUGAAAUGACCAAGGAGAAGCCUAACAGCUGAAUCUUUGAGGUCUCCUCCCUUGCCAUGGCGCUGCUCGACUCACUGUGUCCACCCACCCUCGAGGGCUAGCCAUGUACGUAUGUAUGUGUAUACGUACGUGUGUACGUGUAUGUUUCAACCUAUAUAGGAAUACUGAGAGGAGGAGGAGGAGGAUGAGGAGGAGGAGGUGCCAAGGGGGGUACUCUUAGAUUCUACAGGAGAGUUCCCAGCAAGUUUGACCACUGUGGACAUGGCGGAUAACAUGGGUGGCAGCGUGGAGUCAGAUGGGCAUCAUAACUGCGCAGGCUCGGCUUCGGGGGACGGCGGAAUCAAGGAGCAGGACCGGCUGCUGCCCAUCGCCAACGUGGGGAGGAUCAUGAAGCAAAUCCUGCCCCCAAAUGCUAAGAUCUCCAAGGAAGCCAAGGAGACGAUGCAGGAGUGCGUGUCGGAGUUCAUCAGCUUCGUCACCGGCGAGGCCUCCGACAAGUGCCACAAGGAGAAGCGCAAGACCGUCAACGGCGACGACAUCUGCUGGGCCCUCAACACGCUGGGUUUCGACGACUAUGUCGAGCCCAUGAGGAGGUACCUACUCAAGUACCGGGAGAUGGAAGGCGAUAGGGCGGCCACCGGCGGUCACAGCAACAAAGCGACCGGCUCUGAUGCCGGAGAUCAGGACGCGGUGGGCGAGCAGCGCAGGAAUCAACCCUCCCCCGGUGCUCACUUGAUGUUCAACGCCAUGGAAACAAGUCAUAACCCUUCUGCAUCAAGGGGUUUCUAGAUCUCCUUCUUCAACGCUAACAAGAUAAGAUUGGCAGAAGCCUCGGUGGUGUGAAGACUCAUCAUGAUCUCCUUGUCACACAUGAUGCAACAGUGUGAAAGUUGAACUCCUUUCUCGAUUAGUUUGGCUUUGUAUGUCGUCUUCCUCCGUGCAUAGCAACGAAAAGAACCUCUUCUCCUGCAGCAUACACACCUCCACAUGCACCAAGAAGCAGCGAAGGUUGCAGCUUGGGUUUGACACUGGAGCCGACACCACAGCUUCAGCUUCAAGCCAAGAACCAGUUACAGUGAACUGCAUGGCCAUUUCAGCAGGAACAGCAUGAUCAAAAGGUAUUCUCCAUCGCAGAAAACCCUCAUGGAUUUGCUGACGUCCAUCGUAGAUGUUCGUAUCCCCACCACCCACCAUUCGAGACAAAUCGAUAAUGCCAAUGCCUCCUUGUGUUUCAAGAUCUGCAUAUUAGACAGUCUCCUACAUCUAUCUGCAUGUAUUGUAAGUUCAUUCUGUAGUACAUAUGCAUUAGCUCUAACAAUGACAUGAGCUCUUUCUCAUGACAUUGUCCUCCAGAACA